AUGAAAUAAAAAAUCAAAUUUGAUGAAACACUAUAUGCAGAUGUAGAAUAUUUGGAUGAUAAGGGUAAUUUUGAUUUUAAGAAAUUUGCUGAUGCUGCAUCUGAAUCAAAGAAAAUAUAAAAUAAAGAUAAAGCUUAAAAUAAUUUCAUACAAAUUUAAUAAAAAUGGGAUCAAUAAAGAUAAGCUAUCAAAAAUCAAAAAAUGGAAAUAAAAUCUAAACCUGUUAAUGAAGUAAAUAAAAAGUAAAUGGAAAUAAUAGAUGAAUUAAAAAAAAGAAAAUCCAAAUUAUAGAACUUAGUCAAAAAUUCAUAAAAUAUUGAUAAUUAAAUAAAAGAAACUAGUCAUAAAGUUGCUUAAAUUAAAAAACAACCUUCUAUUUAAAAAGUAGCUUAAUAAAUUGAUAAAUUAUCUGCAGAUCAAGCUUAAAUUCGACUCUUUAGAUUUGAUUAAAUGGAAAAAGUUCUAUUUCAAUGA